AUGGCUUCUGACGACGACUACGCCGCCUUUUUGGAAAAGGCAAAUCAGGAUACCGGUGCCAGCAGCGUGUCAGCUCAAUCGAAGCCCAUCAACACUCGAUCUGUUGACACAGAGGUGCCGCAAAUCCUACAGCAAGUCGAAGAGUAUUAUAUUUCCGAUGCCGAUGAGCCAUUUGAGCCUGUCAGCUUGAAGUGGGAUGGCAAUGGCUUGCCUUCAGAAGACGAAUUUGCGACUCUUAUCGGACACAAGCACUCCGUGUCUACGAUUAGCCAGAAAGACUUUGAUCCCCGCGGUCAAUACACGAAGCUCGUCGAAGCGGUGAAGCAAGCUGGCAGCAAUGACCUGGGCUUCUUCAGAGCGGAACAUGGGAGCACACGAGUAGAAUACUACAUCGUCAGCUUGGACAGGAAUGCAGGAAGGAUUGUGGGUUUGAAGGCGGUGGCCGUGGAGUCGUGA